CUUUGGAGCUAAAAAAAUAUUAUAAGGUCGAGAGUCCAGCAUAGUUGACAGAUUUCUGAAACUCAGAGUCAGAUUUCGUACUCUAGUUUUGAAAGAAGUCAGCGGUGCGGUAGUUGUUUCGUUGUGUAUUAACCCCCGGAAAAUGGAUCGGCUGUUGAGACUUGGUGGAGGGUUACCUAAUCUUGGCCAAGGUCCUCCGCCAAAUGAUGCCCCGGUUCCAGACACAGCAGAACAGGUUUAUAUUUCAUCCCUAGCUCUUCUGAAAAUGUUAAAGCAUGGGAGAGCAGGUGUACCAAUGGAAGUAAUGGGUCUCAUGCUUGGAGAAUUUGUUGAUGACUAUACAGUCCGAGUAAUAGAUGUGUUUGCUAUGCCUCAGAGUGGAACAGGUGUUUCAGUAGAAGCUGUUGAUCCUGUUUUCCAAGCUAAGAUGUUGGAUAUGCUGAAACAAGUUGGUCGUCCAGAAAUGGUGGUUGGAUGGUAUCAUUCACAUCCUGGAUUUGGGUGUUGGUUAUCAGGUGUUGACAUAAAUACACAACAGAGUUUUGAGGCUCUUUCUGAACGAGCUGUAGCUGUUGUAGUUGAUCCAAUUCAGUCUGUUAAAGGCAAGGUUGUUAUUGAUGCCUUCCGCCUCAUUAAUCCAAAUAUGAUGGUAUUGGGCCAGGAACCAAGACAGACCACUUCAAACCUUGGUCAUUUACAAAAGCCUUCCAUUCAGGCAUUGAUUCAUGGGUUGAAUCGUCACUAUUAUUCUAUCCCAAUUAAAUACAGAAUGAAUGAAAGAGAACAACAAAUGCUCUUAAAUCUACAUAAGAAAUCUUGGAUGGAGGGGCUUAUGCUGCAAAACUAUCAUGAGCACAGCAGCCUUAAUGAAGAUACUGUUAAAGAAAUCCUGAACUUGGCUACUGCUUACAAUAAGAGUUUGGAAGAGGAGGAGAAAAUGACACCAGAACAACUAGCCAUCAAGAAUGUGGGUAAAUUGGAUCCGAAGAGGCAUUUAGAAGAUAAAGUUGAAGUUCUGAUGACAUCAAAUAUUGUUCAGUGUCUUGGUGCUAUGCUUGACACAGUUAUUUUCAAAUAGAAAUUGUAUUAGUAGUAUGGAGAAUUUUAUAUGUUGGAUUUUGGGUAAUAAAAGUGUAGUGCUACUAAACCUUCAUGCUUAACUGGUAUUGAAAGUGAUGUUUUUGGUAUAGAAACCUUAGAGUAAAACCAUUUUCAGGGUUGCCUUCCCAUUACCACAGGCAACAUACAAGUAAACUUAAAAAUAGGUAAUUAUUUUACUUUUUGUCUUUACUUUCUACUGAAGGGUUUUUUUUUUCAAAAUAAGGCAGACUAGACGAUUUAUUUAUUUAACAUGACACAAUGUUUACAACAGAGGGAAGACAUUAUAAAAAAACUGUACCAAAAUUAAAUAUUUUCAAUCUGUUCACUUAUUAAUAAAACAUAUUACAUAAAUUGU